AUGCCUUCCUCUACCACCUCAGUUCGUAUAUUUACAAUGCCCAAAUCCUUGAAUGAAUCCCUCGCGGAGCCAGGUCAUCCAAAAUCGGUCUCGGAAAAUGGCCGUUCACUCGAAAAGGCGAAGGAAGUGAGUGAUGCAUACACGAAAGAUCAAAAAGACCCUUUAGCAGGCAAUCAACCAAGUUUUAAACAAGGUAUCACUUUUGCUGCUCAGGAUAAGCUUCCUAAGCUACCUAUUCCCGAGUUGAAAGAUAGCAUGACAAAAUAUCUGGCCGCUCUCAAACCAUUACAGUCGCCACGGGAGCAUGCGGAGAGCCAGCAAGCGGUUGACGAGUUUCUGAAAAGCGAAGGACCGGAUCUACAGGAAAAGCUAAAAAAGUAUGCUACAGGAAAGACAAGCUAUAUCGAGCAAUUUUGUACGUCAUCAAUAUCGAAACCAGAAUAUAACUAAUUUGUCCUAGGGUACGAUUCGUAUCUCAAUUUUGACAACCCGGUCGUCCUCAAUCUAAAUCCCUUCUUCCUCCUCGAAGACGAUCCUACCCCUGCGAGGAAUAAUCAAGUCACCCGAGCUGCUUCGCUUGUCAUAUCUGCACUUUCAUUUGUACGUGCAGUGAGAAGGGAGGAGCUACCUCCGGAUUCUUUUAGAGGCACACCGCUGUGUAUGUAUCAAUACUCGAGACUCUUUGGUACAGCUCGGGUGCCGACAGAGAAUGGCUGCCAUAUCGGUCAAGAUCCUGACGCCAGGCAUAUUGUGGUCCUAUGCCAUGGGCAGUUUUAUUGGUUUGAUGUACUGGAUGAUAAUUCCGAUCUGAUCAUGACGGAAAAAGAUAUGUCACUAAAUCUACAAACGAUCGUCGAUGAUGCUCAACAAACACCAAUCCAAGAAGCAGCCAAGGGAGCUUUGGGUGUUCUCAGUACCGAAAAUCGAAAGAUUUGGUCCGGGUUGAGAGAUGUCAUGACGAGAGAUGAGGGUUCGAACAAUGCAGAUUGUCUUGGAAUAGUAGACUCUGCUUUGUUCAUUCUUUGCCUUGAUUACACCGAACCAGCUUCAGGGGCUGAGCUAUGUCAGAAUAUGCUUUGCGGGACCAGCCUUAUCGAAAAGGGAGUCCAAGUUGGUACUUGCACCAAUCGAUGGUACGACAAAUUACAGAUCAUCGUUUGUAAGAACGGUAGUGCAGGUAUUAAUUUCGAGCAUACUGGUGUUGAUGGUCAUACUGUUCUCCGAUUUGCCAGCGAUGUAUACACGGAUACCAUUCUUCGAUUUGCUAGAACUAUCAACGGUCAAGCACCAAGUCUAUGGGCAUCAACCAGUCCUGAUCCAUCAAAACGUGAUCCAGAAAGCUUUGGGGAUGUCAACACGACGCCACACAAACUAGAGUGGGACAUGGUUCCAGAGCUUGGAAUUGCCUUGCGUUUUGCUGAAACUCGUCUUGCCGAUCUGAUUCAACAAAACGAAUUCCAAACGCUCGACUUCGCUCACUAUGGAAAGAACUUUGUCACUUCAAUGGGAUUCUCGCCUGAUGCAUUCGUUCAAAUGGCAUUUCAAGCGGCUUAUUACGGUCUAUAUGGUCGGGUUGAAUGCUCAUAUGAACCAGCCAUGACCAAAGUCUACCUUCACGGACGUACAGAAGCCAUUCGUUCGGUGACUCCAGAGUCUGUUGAUUUUGUGCAGACUUUCUGGGGUGAGGUCCCACCACAACAAAAGGUCGAUGCUCUCAAAAAGGCUUGUCAAAAACAUGUUUCUAUCACUCGGGAGUGUGCGAAAGCUCAAGGAUGUGAUCGUCAUUUGUAUGCUCUGUUUAGUGUCUGGCAGAGAGCAUUAGAUGACGAUGGAGCGGAAGCAGCAAGUUCCAACGGUCCAAGUAGUAACGGGUAUUCCAGUCCGCUUGAAGGUACUUCAGAAAAAGACCCCUCAUCCAUAGUCGGCAGUCCAAGCAGAAACUUCAUCCUGAGCGGCGUCGAAGACACAGAAGCGCAACCUGUCCCCACCCGAGCUCGCCACAACUCCUCGCCAUCCCCGCGAAACCACCAAUCCAACAUGCCACACCUCUUCUCCAACCCAGGCUGGGAUAAAAUCAACAAUACCAUUCUCUCAACCUCGAACUGUGGGAAUCCAAGUCUAAGACAUUUCGGCUUUGGUCCCACGACAGGCGAUGGUUUCGGUAUCGGAUAUAUUAUCAAGGGAGACGGAAUCAGCAUCUGCGCAUCCAGCAAACACCGACAAACGAAACGCUUCGUCGAUGCCUUGGAAUCAUACCUCCUUGAAAUUCGACGCAUCCUCCGCGCCACACAACAUCGAGGCGCCUCGCCUAAAGCAUCACGUGCUCGAGAAGCGUCUUCGAAUCGUCCGGCAGCGGGAUCACGAUUGAAGAGUCGUGGCAGGGUUAUCAAGGGAAAUGGUGUGCUAGGCGCCGAAGAGAAGGAAGAAGAGAAGGUGGAGAAGGAAGAGAGUGAUGAUGAGGGUCUAGGUGGAUGUGAGUAUUCUGUUGAGAGGGUUCUUGAGGUGUGGAUUGAGGCUGAUGAGUGGACAGAUGGGUUCUUUGACGCGGGGAUGUUACUGCAGGCCUUGAAGGCGAGGGGGAAGGAGGAGGCGGAGAAGGUUGUUGGGGGUGGGAGGAGGGAGAUUGGGAAGAAGUUGAGGUUGAGUGAGUAUUGA